AUGUCGGCAGAACAGCCACGAGAGGAUACUCCUUCGCAGCGGGAGAAAGACCUCUCUAUAAAGCUCGAAGAGGCAGAGUUGGCCAUCCAGGCCAACUCACGGCGGGAAGCAGAACUCCUCUCCGAACUUCUCCAAGCAAAGACAACACUUCUUAAUGAAUCCCAGCAGCGCGAGCGUCGCCUUUCGGCCCAGCUAAAACAAACGUCAACCGAUUUUGAUGAGUCUCAGAAAAGAGAGAAACAGACUUUGACUCAAUUUGAAAAGCUCACUUCUGAGUUUGAAGCCUUGAAAAAGAACGCUGACGACCCGUCGGUGGAAAUGCUUCAGAAAGAGGCUGCUCUCGCUGCGUCUCGGCAGCAGGAACGACAACUGUCGAUGGAGCUUCAGAGUGUCAAGAAUGAGCUUUCCUCCUACAAAGACAGCCGGAACCCUAUUGAGAGAGAGCUUGCAGACGCAAAGAAGGAUUUAGAACGAUCGCGAAACUCUGCAACAGAGCAAUCAGCUCGCCUCGAUGAGGCCAACAAGAAGGUCCGAGAACUUUCGAAAGAGGUAGAACAAUCCAAACACAAGAUAUCCGAUAUGGGAAGGGCCAGUGUACAUGCAGGCCACAACUAUUCGAGCCUUUGGACUCGGUACAACAGACUACAGGAAUCGAACAAGAACAAUCGUUAUUACCAGCAGUCAACAUACCAAUGGCCGCCACCCCCGGCACCCUCUCGGAGCUUUCGAUUCGACGACCAACCACGAGAUGUGAAUCCUAUUUUUGACUUCAACCUCGGAGCGAAUCAGCAAGGGUCGCAAGUCAAUGUGGCACAGGGCUCCGGAACACAGACACACUCGGCAGCCACGUUCGGCGCAGUGAGUGCUAUACAGCCAGGAGGCUCACGGUCGUUCAGUCACAACGGCAGCUCUCAACCAAACUCUUCUUUCAACAGUUUUAGACCUGCCACGCUGAAGCACAAUAUCCUCUCUAAUCCCCCCAAUGGCCCUGGAAACCAGAAACGGCAACAAGAUAAUCAGACCCAGCAAGGUGCAGCCGAUCCCAAGAGACUCAAGAAGGAGUCAUAG